CUUUUCUAACUUUAACCCGCUUGCUUUCCAUGAGAUUUUCCCUUUAUUGCUAUAAUUAUCCCAACAAAUUGAAUUAAAAUAUUAAAAAUCUCCUUACGAAGAGACGGGGCGUUACAGAUGGCAAAAGGGACGAAGCUCUAAGUCUGUGGCGGUCAGAUCCACAUAGAAUUACAAUGGGUGCACUUAUAGAGUGAGAAACAGAGGAACUCUGGACCUGUGGUUGGAUGUUUCACUCUACCUUGCCUUGUGUGCAAAGUAUGAAUCAAAUCCAUGGAUUCCCAGAGAAAACCCCACAUCUGACCUCAAGAAUCCAUUAGCUUAUUAAAAAGCACUUGCCCUACAGAGAGACAGAGAAGGGUCUGUGUCGGUCUGUUCAGAAAAUGGAGAAGCAGAAGAAGAGCAGAGAAGUGAAGAGAGAAGUGAUUCGAUUAGAGCGGGAAUCAGUGAUUCCAAUUCUGAAGCCCAAGCUUAUCAUGACACUGGCCAACCUCAUUGAACAUAGUUCUGACCGUGCUGAGUUUUUAAAGCUGUGCAAGAGAGUUGAAUACACAAUACGAGCUUGGUAUCUUCUACAGUUUGAGGAUCUGAUGCAAUUGUACUCCCUCUUUGACCCUGUUCAUGGGGCUAAAAAAUUGGAACAACAGAAUCUCCCUCCUGAAGAAAUUGAUGUUCUUGAACAGAAUUUCCUGAUGUAUUUAUUUCAGGUGAUGGAGAAGAGCAACUUCAAGAUAGCAACUGAGGAAGAGAUUGAUGUUGCUCUCUCAGGGCAGUAUCUCCUAAAUCUUCCCAUCACAGUUGAUGAAUCCAAGCUUGACAAGAAGCUUUUGGGGAAGUAUUUUUCUGAGCAUCCUCAAGAAAACAUUCCAGAUUUUUCUGAUAAGUAUGUAAUCUUCAGACGCGGCAUUGGAAUAGAUCGAACGUCUGAUUACUUUUUCAUGGAGAAAGUGGACAUGAUCAUUUCACGUCUAUGGUUAAUGCUUUUGAAAUUGACUAGGCUGGAAAGAUUUUUUUUCAGAAAGUCACAUGCACGGGAAAAGAAAGAUCCAAAGAAAAAUGAUGAAAUUCGCACUGAAGCAGAAGCAGAUGACCUGAGUGUUGAACGGAUUCGUAUUGAAAAUAUGGAACUCAGUGUUCGCAAUCUGGCGGGCAAGAUCACCAUCCAAGAACCUACAUUUGAUAGGAUAAUUGUUGUUUACAGGCGGGCAUGUACGGCAGCAAAACCAGAGCGAGGAAUAUAUGUGAAGCAUUUCAAAAACAUUCCAAUGGCUGAUAUGGAAAUAGUCCUGCCAGAAAAGAAAAAUCCAGGUUUAACUCCGAUGGACUGGGUCAAGUUCAUUGCAUCUGCUGUAGUUGGGCUGGUGGCUGUAGUCGGUUCACUUGACAUGCCUAAAGCUGAUCUUUGGGUUAUUAUUGCCAUCCUUUCUACUCUGAUCGGUUACUGUGCCAAAACAUACUUCACAUUUCAGGCAAACAUGGCUGCAUAUCAGAACUUAAUCACACAAUCCAUGUAUGAUAAGCAGCUGGAUAGUGGAAAGGGUACUCUUCUUCACUUGUGUGAUGACGUGAUUCAACAAGAAGUUAAAGAGGUGAUCAUUUCAUUCUUCAUAUUGAUGGAACAGGGUAAAGCUACAAGACAGGAUCUUGAUUCGCGGUGUGAGGAACUAAUCAAAGAAGAGUUUGGGGAGGACUGUAAUUUUGAUGUGGAUGAUGCUGUUCAAAAGUUAGAGAAGUUAGGCAUUGUUGCUCGGGACACAAUUGGAAGGUAUUACUGUGUUGGAUUGAAGCAUGCUAAUGAUAUCAUCGGAACAACCACAGAGGAGCUUGUCCUCAAGGCAAAACAGGGUUCCUUGACUUCCUGAUGUUGUGUGGCUAAGGACCUAAGGUGUUAAUUCUGCCAUCAAGCACCUAAGAGUAGACAAUUCAGAUGAGAGGUUUUCCAGUUCUUUUUUUUUUUCUUGUUUGUUUCUAUUUUUUUUAUUUUAAUUAAUGGGUUCUUUCUAAAGGCACUUGUCUAUUAAUGUAUGUAAUUUGAUUUGACAAGUUUAUUCCCAUUCUUUCUUUUCUCUAUCUCUCUCAAAGGAAAAAAACAAAAAAAAAAACUGUGUGCAUGUAAUUUGGCAAGAUUUCCAGAUUGUGAAUCUGUCCAGGAUUCAAAAGCCUACUGUUAUGCUAAAAACAUCCAUGUUGUGUUGGAUGGAAUUUUGGGAAUGGUUUCUUUGUGGAAUCCUUUGUAAGAUGAUCGUCAGCAGCGAAAUGAAGAGCCACUUUUUUGCUUC